UCGCUAAUCUCGUGUACCAAACCAGACCGAAAUGGAGAAAGUAUAAAAGCCCCCCAUCUGCUUACUUACUCUUGGUUACCUCCCCUCACUACUCUCUCCUCCUUUUGCCUCUUCCCAUUCUCUCUCUAACUCUCUCUCUCCUUUUUCUCUGUCCUUUUAGAGAGAGAAAAAUAAACCCAUAAGCCAAAACAGCAGCAGAUAUGUUACUGGGUCCAAGAUUGAGUUUUGGCUUACCUUAAAGAUAAUGAGUAGAGCCUUCAUUGUCUUCUUCCCUUUUGAAGAAGAAGAAGAAGCAGCAAAUGGGUUUCCCUCUUUAUGCCCAGGUCCAAAAUCAUCCAAUUUCUGUUCUUCUUGAUGGGCUUUACUGUGAAGAAGAUCAAUUCUUGGAUGAUGGUGAUUUAGAAGUUGAGAAACAUGUUAAAAAGACUCUACCUUUAUUUGAGUGUGACUUGUUUUGGGAAGAUGAGGAACUUGCCACACUUUUAGCCAAGGAAAAAGAGUCCCAUUUGGUUUUUGAAUCUUUUGGUAGCUUAAUGUCAAAUGGGUUUUUAAUGGAGGUUAGAAAAGAGGCAUUGGAUUGGAUGUUGAGGGUUAUUGGUUACUAUGGGUUUACUGCUACUACUGCUGUUUUAGCUGUCAACUAUUUUGAUAGAUUUAUAUCUGGAUUUUGCAUUCAGAAAGAUAAGCCUUGGAUGAGUCAGCUUUCUGCUGUUGCUUGUCUUUCUAUUGCUGCUAAAAUGGAGGAGACCCAAGUCCCCCUUUUGUUAGACCUUCAAGUUGCUGAUUCAAGAUUUGUGUUUGAGGCAAAGACUAUACAGAGAAUGGAGCUUUUGGUGCUUUCCACUCUUAAGUGGAAAAUGAAUCUGGUGACACCGCUAUCUUUCAUUGAUCAUAUUAUGAGGAGAUUUGGAUUUAUGAACAACCUGCAUUUGGAUUUUCUUAAGAAGUGUGAACGCCUCAUUCUCGAUAUUAUCGCUGAUUCUAGGCUCGUGCAUUAUCCUCCAUCUGUUAUUGCAACUGCAGCAAUGUCUUUUGUGAUCAAUGAGAUCGAGCUGUGUAAUGCUAUGGAAUACCAGAAUCAGCUCAUGAGCGUUCUUAAAGUCGGAAAGGACAGCCUUGAUCUUAUCGUAGAGCUAAUGGGCACUUCCCGCUACAAGUUCUGCCAAAGCCUCAAGCGCAAACAUCAAUCAGUACCUGGAAGUCCAAGUGGUGUCAUUGAUGCAUAUUUUAGUUGCGAGAGCUCGAAUGAUUCAUGGUCAGUAGCAUCUUCCAUUUCCUCCUCACCUGAGCCUCAGUAUAAGAGAAACAAAACUCAGGAUCAGCGUAUGAAACUGGCUCCGCUUGGUGGUACUGUUUCGGUUGUUGUGGGAAGUAAUCCUCACUGAUCAAUGUCUUGUUCUCUAGAUUAUCUAAUAUUUCGGCAAUGAUUUACUAUUUGAUCUAUCUUUUUUGGUAUGUUCUCUUAAAAUGCAAUAGCACAAUGCUCUGAUGUUCCGUUAAGUUUCACUGGACUUUAUUCGUCGGAUGGUCUAAACAAUGUGAACAUCAACUCCACCCCCUCCUUCAUUGGAAGUGGGAUUGGUGGGGUUUUCCCUUGAGUUGAAUCAAUGCUGCUGAAUUAUGUUGAA